GAAGACUAAUAUCCUCCUGCUUUCUGUCUCGUCUCCAGCCCACUGGUUAUAUGGAGACGUCAUUGUCCUACAGCUCUAUAGAGGACCUGCAGCUCCUCUCAUGGGACAAUGCUCCAAAGUACUGUGUCCAGCUCAGCUUCCCUGGGGGGACCGUCCUGCUGCAGGCUGCAAACAGCUACUUAAGGGACCAGUGGUUUCACUCCCUGCAGUGGAAGAAAAAGAUCUACAAGUACCGCAAGGUCCUGAACAACCCGAGUCGCUGGGACGUGGUGCUGAAGGAGAUCAGAGCGCUGGUGGACAUGGCUCUGACCUCACCGCUGCAGGACGAGUCCAUCCACCAGGCUCCUCUGCACAUCAUUUCCACCCUGCUGGCUGAGAACUCUAACCUCAGCACUCAGGAUCAUGAGAACAUCAUCGUUGCCAUUGCUCCUCUUCUGGAAAACAACCAUCCGCCACCUGACCUGUGCGAGUUCUUCUGUAAGCACUGUCGGGAGCGGCCGCGGUCGAUGGUCGUGAUUGAAGUGUUCACGCCCGUGGUCCAGAGAAUCCUCAAACAUAACAUGGAUUUUGGAAAGUGCCCUCGACUGCGUCUCUUCACUCAGGAGUACAUCCUGGCUCUCAACGAGCUGAAUGCUGGGAUGGAAGUUGUCAAGAAGUUCGUCCACAGCAUGCACGGGCCAACGGGGCAGUGCCCUCACCCACGUGUCCUGCCUAACCUCGUGGCCGUUUGUCUCGCCGCGAUCUACUCUUGUUAUGAGGAGUUCAUCAACAGCCGCGACAACUCCCCCAGCCUGAAGGAGAUUAGAAAUGGCUGUCAGCAGCAGAAUGAUCGCAAACCCCCAAUGCCGCUACGUCUGCUACGCCCAGACCCUCCAACGCCCCCUCCCGCCACCCUCUUACCCCUCUCCACCAACUCCAGUCCUCCUCAGCCACCUCCGCCCGCCCCCCCUUCAAACCCCACCCCGACAAUUCCCAUCUCCUCCCCGACGCCCUCCCUGCCCCUCUCCUCUCCUCCCUCUGUUGUCAACUCCAGCGAGAUCCUGGUGGAGCUGGAGCGAAACAACAACUCGGCCAACACCAGACGGAAGGGCGAGCAGCCGGGGGGGGACAGCGAACCCAACCUCAUCGACUGUCUGCUGGUCAGCCCGGCCGUCAACACUCUGUCCAUCCAGCUGCCAGCGCAGGCCGACCGAGUGCUGGGCUGCUUCGCUCUCAUCCUCAAGAUGCUAUCGGACUACGAUGACUGGAGACCUGCCCUUGCCAGCCUGUUGCAGCCCAUCCCCUUCCCUAAAGAGGCCCUUGCACAUGCCAAAUUCACAAAGCAACUGAAACAUGUUAUUCAGAGGUUUGCUGAGGACCCGAGGCAGGAGGUCCAUUCCUGCCUACUCAGUGUGCGUUCAGGUAAAGAUGGCUGGUUCCAGCUCUACAGUCCAGGGGGCGUGGCCUGUGAUGACGAUGGAGAGCUGUUUGCCAGUAUGGUUCAUAUCUUGAUGGGCUCCUGCUAUAAGACCAAGAAGUUCUUGCUCUCUCUGGCUGAAAACAAGCUGGGGCCCUGCAUGCUGCUGGCCCUCCGCGGGAACCAGACCAUGGUGGAGAUCCUGUGUCUGAUGCUGGAGUACAACAUCAUUGAGAACAAAGACACCCAGCUGCAGAUCAUCUCCACCUUGGAGAGCACCCAGGUGGGCCUCCGCAUGUACGAGCAGCUCUGCGACCGGCAGAGAGAGCUCAAAGAACUGCAACGGAAAGGAGGCCCCACCCGGCUGACUCUGCCUUCAAAGUCCACGGAUGCAGACCUUGCCCGCCUGUUGAGUUCAGGUUCUUUUGGGAAUUUGGAGAACCUGAGCCUGGCCUUCACCAACGUCACCAGUGCCUGUGCCGAGCAGCUCAUCAAGCUGCCUUCACUCAAACAGCUCAACCUCUGGUCCACACAGUUUGGGGAUGCAGGGUUAAGGUUGUUAUCCGAGCAUCUGGCCUGUCUUCAGGUUCUGAACCUGUGUGAGACUCCCGUCACUGAUGCUGGUCUGCUGGCUCUCAGUUCCAUGAAGAGUCUGUGCAGUCUGAACAUGAACAGCACCAAGCUCACAGCUGACACAUACGAGGACCUCAAGGCCAAACUGCCCAACCUGAAAGACGUGGAUGUUCGGUACACCGAGGCCUGGUGAUCGACCACGCUCAACCACAACCCUCACCCAUAA